AACAAUCAUUGUACAAACAGCUGCUGUCACUUCCGAGGAUUCCGAGCGAAGAAAACAACAGAUCCAACAACACAAAAACCACAAAAACGAUUCAAUCGAAAUACAAAACAGUGAAAAACCAUCAUAAUAGAAAUAAAAUUUAGUUAAAUCGACGAAAAAUCCUUCAUUCGCAGUGGUGAUUGCUAUUCUGUAGGAGGAGAACCAUCAGACUGGUGAUAUUUCCCAGUGUGAUGGCCCGCAGUGAAUGUUACCGAUGGCUACCAUUGGUAGUACUGGUCCUAGCUCUGCUCCGAACAUCUGCUGCACUUGCCACAUCGUCGACGACGACAGCCACUUCCGAUCCAGCAAUCCUACUCGUAGUGUCCUAUGACGCAUUCCGGACCGAGUACCUGAGGCGCAAUAGCACUUCCUUCAUGAACGAACUGCGUCGAAAUGGCACAACGACGGAAUAUCUGCGGAAUGUGUUCCCCACGAAGACGUUCCCCAACCAUCACAGCAUCGCCACGGGAGUGUACCCGAAUCAGCACGGGGUGAUGGCAAACGAAAUGUACGACCACGGUCGAGGGAAGCUCGAGUAUUCGUACGAAAUGUUUCACUACGAUGACGACAUCGUGCCAAUCUGGACACUUAACGAACUGAAUGGCGGUCAUUCCGGUUGUAUGAUGUGGCCGGGGUCAAACUUGCCGUACACCAAAGCCAGCGUGAAUUGUACGUUCGUAAAAGCGUAUAAUUUAUCGCUCCCGUGGAAUGAUCGGGUGGACACUGUUUUCCAAUGGAUUCGGGAUCCUCAGCAACCAGCUAACCUGGUUAUGAUGUACAUAGAGGAACCGGACUACUACGGUCACAUCUAUAGUCCGGAUUCGGAUCGGGUGGCACAGUUACUGGUCAAAUUGAACGAUCUAACCCGAUAUAUUUACGAAAAGGUACGCGAGUUCAAUCUGCUGGAUCGGAUGAAUGUGGUGCAUUUGAGUGACCACGGAAUGGACUCGUUGAUGCUGAAGAACUUUAUCAACCUGACCAACUUCGUGCCGACCGAUAUCAAGUACGAUCGGUAUGGAAAUACGCCGGUUUUGCAAAUUGUGCCCAAGGUGAAGCAACAAACGGCCGAUCUGUAUCGAGCGUUGAAAAACGCUUCCGAAAAGAAUGGAAACUUCGAUGUGUACACGUUGGAGAAUCUACCAAGCAGAUGGCAUUUCAACAAUUCGCAACGAACAGGACCCAUUACGGCGGUGGCCCGACUGGGAUAUGGGUUUGAGGAUAUGUGGGAGACGGUGGAGUACUACCGGAAGACGUACAAUGUGUCAGUAACCCCGGAGUCCAGAUACGGCGUCCAUGGCUACGACAACGACCUCCCGGUUAUGCAUCCGAUCUUUUUCGGUUACGGCCCUCGGAUACGGGAACGCACCACGGUGGAUCCGUUCGACACGGUCGAUCUCUACUAUCUGUUCUGCGAGAUUCUGAAGCUCAAUGCCCCGUCCUACUUGGCCGGUCAACGGCAGCAUAUUGCGGGCGUACUGCGCAAUGACUCCCGUGACGACGAUGGAAACGAUGACGGGUCCACGCGGGCCUCCACCCUCGUCGUCAUUUUCGCCGGUAGCUUAGUGGGGUCAUUUGCACUGGUGAGCCUGUUGGCAGGCUUUGUCCUGUGGCAGCGCCGCCGCCGGGAAAACAUGGUACCGCACUAUCUGUACGACGAAACGGAAUCGUUUUUGGAUGAGGGUAACAAGUUGCUACCAGCGGCCGCCCAUCAGCAGCAGCAGUCCCAGUACCAACACCCUCCCAGCAAUCAUCGCAGCCAUCAUCAUCACCAUCAGCUGCGGUCCAGUUCGUCCAUCAACGGGGAUGUAGUUUCGAUAGACGUUUGAGCACGGGACAGACCGCGGGAUGGUAUCGUUGUUCAUUCCUAGUGUUUUCUGUUGUGUUGUUUUCCUUUUAACAUGUAUGUGCGUCUCACGAAGUUUCCAUAUUCGCGCCCUGGUAGUUUUUUUUUUUCGAGCGCAAAGGUGGCUUGAAGAAGGAGAUGGUCUUAUGACCAAACGGUAAGUGUCACUAAUCGUACUUCCCAUAUAGGCACAAUCCUAUCUUACUCUACGUACCGAUACAUAUCAGCUGUAGCAAAAGCGUAGAUUUUAGUUCCCUCGUUCCUUUAUCAUUACCUGUUACCACAAUUGUUAAGAGAAUAUUUUAGCAUCCAGAACCUAUGAGAAUUCCGACAAUACUUGGCUCGGGGAGCGAUCCUGCAGGCACGUGAAUUGAAUUUUGUUUAUUGGAAAUUGUCUGAGAGGAAGCUCCCCGGCCUACCAAUCCUACCCUAGUGUUGUACAGUGUUUAGAAUAUUCCUUUCUGUCAAUUAGUAGCUCCUGUUUCAACUGACUAACAGCGAGAGUAUCUUUGUCCGAGGAUUAAUAUUGAAGAUUAGAAAGUAUCAUUUUGAAACGAUCAUAAUAACAAUACAUACAAUUCUUACAUCGAAAUAUGCCAAGAACACUUGGACCAUAGCUUAAGACAUACAUAAGCGGGAGUGGGUCAAGGGAAGACUGAACUGAAUAGAUGGAUUUUUGAAAAACAGUAUUCCAUAUCAAACCAAGCUGAUUUUACGUUGAGACUUUUAGAAGAAAUCUGGAUUAUUAUCAAAAACUAAGCACAAACAGAUAUAAUGUCCGAGAAUUUAUGAACGUACAUAGAACACAAAUCGUUAACGUUUUGAUAGUAGAUAUGCAGUUGGUAUCAAUGAUUCGAUUUGAUGAUAAAGUCACAGCAAAUAAUUUUGAAAAUUCAACGACGUGUAAAAUUGCCGCUAGUCCCAACAAACUAAUAAACACUUGAUGUUCAAUUAAAUUUGAUUGAAUUUUACAAGCAAGCACGGUUUAAGUUCAUUUCGAUUUGAAAGAAAGGUAAGAUCGAUUGAAUGUUACGUUUAUUUACAUGCUCCAAAUAUGUGCAUGAAAAUACAUUUAAAAUCACAACAUAUUUUUAUCUGAUUAUGAUUAUCAACAUAAUCAUGAUUGAUUAGGAUGUCAUCUUCAUUGUCAGUCAUUUUGUUCUGGUUUCAUCUCUCCUUAAUUGCAUAUUCAGAUUUCUCCAAAAAGUUUCAAAAACAGUGUAGGGACCCGAAAAUCAGUUUUAUCAGCAAUUAAAGAAGCAGAUUGAUUCUGUUUAGAUAACUAUGGAAACGAGACGUAGAGAAUUGAACAAAAGGAAAAAUGAACUUCAGAUCAGCCAUAAUAACAGUAAAUAUUUAAUAAUUUAACCAUUGUAUAUUUUAAUAUUAGUCGAUUAUCAAAUAGUUGGUAUGUAAAUAACGUAAAAAAAUAGAUGAAAUAUGGAACUCUAUACAGAUAUCUUUAUAUUGUCGAACCUAACAUGCGAAACAUUGUCGCAAGCCAGAACAAACUAUUCAUUCGUAUGUUAAUUGAUUUUCUACAAAAAGACAAAUACAAAACGAACAAGAUAAAGAAUCAAUUUAUCGAAAUGGUUUGUGAACUUGGAAUAGAUGACUUGGAAGCAGA